AUGAGGUUGCAUUGUUCCAAAACGCAGACCUUCGCCGCCGCUGUCUGCGCCCUCCUAGUCUGCAGCGUCUACGCUGACAAGGACGAGAAGGUUGAAGCUCGUGGUGGCCUCUUGGGUGCUGGUCUCGGAGGUUACGGCGCUGGUGUCGGAGGACCCGGUCUUGUCGGGGCUGGUCUCGGAGGCGUUGGCCUCGGCGGCGGAUAUGGCGGAGGCUUCCAGUCCGGCUACGGCAAUGCUGCCGGGGGCUACCAGUCUGGAUACCAGGGUGGAGCUGCCGGACACAGCCAGGGCUCAGGAGCAUUCGCUGGCGGUGCCUCCAACAGGAACGUGAACGCUUACAACAAUAACCGGGGCUACAGCCACAGCUCAGGCUUCUCGGCCUCUGACAGCAAGAACUUCGGCUCUGGAUACAAGCAGGGAUCAUCUGGCUUCCAAGGAGGUGCUGCCGGACACCAGGGAGGCUUUGGACAGCAGUCAUUCGGUCACCAAGCCGGAACUGGCUACGGUGGUGGAUACCUUGGCUAAGUAGUUUACGCUUGUUCACGCGCAUGGACGUCGAUGGCCCACUCUGCUAUACAAGAACAUGAGAGGUGUAAAUAAACCCGUUUCUCUGCCCUUGA